AUGUGGUCCAAUCUGAGAAAUAUGAAUACUCUCCAAGAAUUUGUGACAUGUGUUGUUGAGAUCGAAAAGCAUCGUCCGUUGUGUCCAAAUGUCGACAAAGUCUGUCCGUUUGCUGAACUUGGUUGCGAUUACAUCGGUGACAAAAUCACCGUUCAGCAGCACUUGACCGAAGAGCCGAUUCGCCAUCUGAUGUUCCUCUGUGACGAGGUCACUGACUUGAAGGAGGCUCACCGUGAACAAAGCGCACAGAACAAGGGCACUUCUGGUUGCCAAGCUGUACUGUAA